AUGGCUACCGUGGAUGAUGCCGCGGCCGGGGAGGCGCUCCCAGUGGAGGAACACAAGUCCGUUUGGGACAAGACAGAACGCAAUUUCUGGACCAACCUUCGUCGCCAACGAGAAGCAGAAAACAACAUGGUCGAGCAAGAGUUUCAACGGUCUACGACUGAACUCCGAAUCAAACUUCGUGAGCUCACCGGACAACGAAGCCAGCUGAGCGAGUCGCAAGCGCGGCUAGCUCGAGAACUAGCUAAGGUCGAGGCCGAGCUAGCCCGCGUGACUGAGGAGUGUGAAGUGAAGACAGAUCGACUGAAGCGCAUUGAACAAGACUACCACGAGUCGCGACAGGCGAGGAUCGAAACUCAGCAGAAGAUCUGGAAGACGAUGCGUCGGUUUUUCAAGGAGAAGAGGGGCGAGGACCCCGACGUCGAGGAGUCCGAAGACCCCGACAUGGAAACCCUUGGCCUUCCUCAGGAAUUACCGGAAUUCUUAAACGUCAGUGGAAAUGUUCCUCGGAGAGAGGUCGCCGAUGAUUCCAUCCAAGUGAGAACCGAUCAAUCGGCUACCCAUGGAGAGAGCAUGGAAGGUGUUGAGCAUCACGACGACGAGAACGCCGCUAACAAACCCGCAUCUGAUGUUAUGGUGAACGUUGUCGAUGCUGAUGGCAAUGUGAUCGGACCGGUGGAACGCAUCGAGCCGUGGAAUCAAUGGGUGGAAGGAAUCCAGGAACUCGAAAUUCGGAGACCUGUCAAGAUCCGUCGCGGUCGCCGUUUCAACGACUCGCAUCUUGCUAGCAUUUAUGAGCGAACCGAAGCGAAGGGCGUCAAGUGGCUAUCCUGCAUGAUCCAGGCCACCGGAGAGAUUCAGUCCAAGCGAUGCUGGUCGUGCAAUAAGAAUCAGGGAGCUUUCGAUGAUUGUAUUAUUGUCGGUGGUGACCUCUUUCAGAGAUGUGGCAACUGUGAGUGGAACCGUCAGCGUUGCCACGGCGCGUCUGGAGAUUCGAUUGACAUACUGGCUUCGAGGGAAAGGUCGCGACAGCAGAGGGAGGCCAAGGGGUCGCACACCAGACCUGAGCCGGAGCCGGAGCCUCUGCGCCUGGAGAUCCAACCGAGACCUGAGCCUGCACCCGAACCACCACCCGAACAGGCACCUCGAACUGAGGAACCAGUCUGCGUGUCUUCGCGUCAUCCUUCACCCCAGCCUGUCCAUCAGCCUGUUCCGCCGGCUCCUGAACGAGGUCCUGGGCGAGUUCCCGAACCGGCUUACAGGCGUGCCUACGAGCCUCCUCCUGUACCAGUCAGCCGCCCUGCUCCCCUACCCAGGCCCGAUCUUGCUCCAGAGCGUAUGGUAGAGGCUAUGGUAGCACCAUCUCAGUCUCAACCUCAACCUCGGCCUGAAGUCCCACGUUCCGCCCUUCCUUCGCAUGUCCCGCAACCUACACGGCCUGGCAUCCUUCAACCUACUACCGAGUUCGACACGCCCAUGGAAGACACGUCGGCUCCCAAUAGCACUCAACCAGCGCGGGAUCCCGAGCGGAUGCCGAUACCGCGAGAGUAUCGAGUUACCCCUGGAUUCACGCCGGCCAACGUUCGCAGUAGACCCCCAUCAGCCGAGCGAGUGGAGCGACCAACACCGGCUUCCAUGCCCAUCGAACCAUCGCCUCAGCCGACGGAAUCUCCUUCUGAGGAGCCUCUGGAGGAGAUCACCCGAGAUAAUCUGGUGCUCCGGCACAAUGGAGAAGUCUACACUUACCCUGAGUGCGUUGAGGGUGUACCCCUGGUCAAGAUCAACGAAAAUCACCCCUAUUGGGAGCCUAACUGGCCAAAUGUGAGAACACUGAUUGAGCCGCAGCUCGCUCGAUGGCGCGAGAAACACCAGGCUGCAAUCGAUGCCGGUCCGAAGCAAGAAAAGGGUGGCUCGUCCAAGUAUCAGAUCGGUCAGCUGGUCAAUCGGGGCGUCAAAAUCCUUGAGUUUCACGAACAGGGCCCGGUUAGCCCGUAUCAGCUCCUCAGCAAGAAGUACGUCCAGUCAGGCAAGGGCGGCAUCACGUCCUACGAUGCGCUCUUCCGUUUGUCUGAGACGAUGUCGGAGCUGGAAAAGUUCAAGUUGGAUAUCCAGCCAAUUGAGUGGAUGCGGCAGCGCCUGCACGAGCUAAUCCUGGCCGAGGGCGCCAGCUUCAACUUGCCUCGAACGAUCCAUGACUUCUAUCACGACCCGAAGCUGACUGCCCUUCGAUACAAGCAUGGCUUCAAGAACAUCGGCCGUCCCUCUGGGUUGAAGGCGCGUCAGAGCCAGGGCAGUCCAAGCGACACGCCCAAGCGUCUGAACAAGCGCAAGAGCGUGCAUUCUGUUGCUAGCACGCCUCGCGAAACGUCCUUUAUCGAACAAUCUCCCUUGGCUGCUCAUGUUCCCAGGGGGCCCGACAGCCCAUUUAACACUGAUCUUCAUAAGCGACCCAAGUUCUUAUCUCCCGCUUCCGGUCCGGUUCACGACGAGUUCCACAUCGACGCAUGGUCUGAUACGGACUCACAUAGUGGUGGUGAAAUCACCAAAUACGACUGGCGCCUCUACCAGGUCAAAAACCGAUUCUUCACGAGCUCGACGGCAGUCACCCAGUAUUGGACCUGGAUUGAGCAAGCGGGCUGCUUCCAACACCAAGUCCUUCAGAACGCUAGCCCUGCCUCGUGGGGUUUGUUUAAGGAUCACAUUGACUUCCAUGUUAACCUCGACGAGAUUGAGGAAGUGAUGUGGAACAUUGAGGCGCUUCGCAUUCACAUCAUCAUGCGCAAGGUCAACAUUACGAUGGACAAGUCGGAUGGAGCACCUCGUGGCGAUGUAAUGGCAUCUUUCAAGCGGGAUCGAACUAUGCGGCGGUUCCUGUUCUUUUGUAGGGAGAAGGGAGUCAGGAUGCUGAAGCAGACGACGGAGGAGCUCGACCAUCGCUGGCAGAUGAUGCAAUCAGACCUGCUUCCAGACGUUGAUGACCGCGGCGAGUCUAACAAACACCUGCUGGAAUAG